AAGAAAGUAAUUUUAUUAAACCAAUUGUGUGAAACUAGUAUUAUGAUCUUCAUAGAAUUCAUGUGAUCCAAAUACAAAGGGACAACUUCAAGCUCAUUAGCUAUUCUGCAAAUUUUACUCAAAAGAGGAAUUACAAUAAAGAUAUACACAAAAUUUUCAGUAUGCAGCCAUUAUAAAGUUGUUUGGCAUGACAAGGAAAGUUCUAUACUUAUCUCUUUGGUAAUCUCUCACUCACAUCUUCUGAUUAUAUAGAGACUUGAGAGGUAUCAAACUGAACUCUAGCAUGUGGCAAUGGAGAGAUUUACGGGCAAAAGCUUAUCUUUUACAAAGAUAAUCAUCCAUCCAGAAGCUGUAAACUGUAUCUCCCUCACUCAUUUACUAUUGGCUGCAACUAUUUUGACUAUUCUGCUUAGCUUAGUCUAUUUCAGAUCUAGUUAUGUUUACCUUAUUGACUUUGUCUGUUAUUUGCCUCCUGAUAAUCUGAAAACGUCGGUUGCCAAGUUUAUCAAACACUUAGAACUUUGCAACCAUUUCGAUAAAGAAGGUUUGAAUUUCCAAGAAAGAGUCUUUGAGAGGUCAGGUAUCGGACCUGACGCUUGUAUGCCACCUUCUCUGCAUAGAAUCCCGCCAGAUACUUCCUUUGAUAGUACAAGAGAAGAGAUCGAAACAGUUCUUUUCACGGUUGUCAACGACCUUCUUUCUAAACACAAAGUUGAUCCCCAGAGCAUUGACUUUCUGGUGUCUAAUUGCAGCCUCUUCUGCCCCACCCCUUCCAUUACUUCUAUGAUAACAAACAAAUUUGGAUUUAGAAACAAUAUAAAGAGCUUCAACUUGAGUGGAAUGGGCUGUAGUGCUGGAAUGGUGUCUAUAAGCUUGGCCAAAGAUCUCCUGAGAGUAUAUAAAAACUCGACAGCUUUAGUUCUCAGCAUGGAAGCUGUGACACCAAAUGGAUAUAGAGGAAAAAGAAAGUCGAUGCUUAUUUCGAACACUCUAUUCCGAAUGGGUGGAGCAGCGAUAUUGUUAUCCAACAAGAAGAAAGACAAGCAGAGAGCAAAAUAUAAGCUUCAACACCUUGUUCGAACGCAUAUGGGAUCCAAUCACCAGGCUUAUCAAUCUGUUUUUCAGAAACCUGAUGAAGAUGGGAAUGUUGGAGUUUCACUAUCUCGAGAUCUUCUUCAGGUAGCAGCAAAAGCACUUACAACAAACAUAUCAGCUUUAGGCCCACUCGUGUUGCCAUACUCAGAGCAGCUCCGUUAUGGAUGGUCUUGGAUCACCAAAAAAAUUUGGCCAUCAGCAAAGGGAAAAGAGCUUUAUGUGCCAAAUUUCAAGAAGGCUUUUGAGCAUUUCUGCAUACACGCCGGCGGUAAAGCUGUUAUUGAUGCUGUAGAGAAGAGUCUCAAGCUGCAAAAGGAGGAUGGAGAAGCUUCAAGAAUGACAUUAUACAGGUUUGGCAAUACUUCAUCUUCUUCUGUAUGGUAUGAACUCGACUAUCUUGAGGCAAAGGGAAAGGUAAAAAGGGGAGAUAGGGUUUGGCAAAUUGCAUUUGGAAGUGGGUUCAAGUGUAACAGUGCGGUCUGGAAAUGCAUUUCUGAGAUUGAUCCAAACGCAAGAAGUGCAUGGUCAGAUAGAAUCCAUCUAUAUCCUGUUGACACUGGCAGCCCUGAUGUUUCUUCUUGAGAUAUUGUCCUAAAGUAACCCAACUAUAAAUUUUUUCUACACAAGCAUAGUCUAUAUUCAAAUGGCAGAUAAGUACCUUCUUA